AUGACGUCAGGGACACAUCCCUCAAAAUUUCAAGGACGCCACACUCGUGCAUCUCUACAAGAGGAAAGGGAACCUCCAACUCCGCGACAACCAAAAAGGAAUCUCACUACUCAGAAUAACCGGAAAAUCUUUGUUCGCCUUCUCCUCAAUCGACUCAACGGCUAUCCGCAAAGCCAGUGCGGCCGCCACCAUCAUCGUGGGACCACCGACAUGAUCUUCGCCGUCCGCCAACUUCAGGAUAAGGGUCAGGAGAUGCGAGGCCACCACCAUUGUACCUUCGUAGAUCUGACGAAAGCCUUCGACACAGUGAAUCGUGAAGCACUGUGGAAAAUCAUGAAGAAAUUCGGCUGUCCCGAACGAUUCAUUCAGAUGGUGCGUCAGCUCCACGAUGGCAGGAUGGCACGAGUCACGGACAAUCGAGCCGUCUCAGAGGCAUUCGUAGUGACCAACGGAGUGAAGCAUGGCUACGUCCUUGCGCCUACCCUCUUCAGUCUCAUAUUCUCUGCCAUGCUGAUGGACGCCUACCGUGACGAACGCCCCGGUAUCCUCAUUGCCUACAGGACGGACAGCAACUCCGCAAUUGUUGGUGGGUGCACUUUCAGUCGCGUGUAA